AUGAGUCCAGAACAAUUGUUGGAGUUUGCUUGGGGUUUGGCCAACAGCAAGAAACCAUUUUUGUGGAUCAUUAGGCCUGAUCUUGUCAUUGGUGGCUCAGUGGUUUUGUCAUUUGAGUUUGUCAAUGAAAUUUCAGAUAGAGGUCUAAUUGCGAGUUGGUGUCCACAAGAGCAACCAACAAACUGUAGAUUUAUUUAUAAUGAAUGGGAGAUUGGAAUGGAAAUCGAUUCUAAUGUGAAGAGAGAGGAUGUGGAGAGGUUGAUCAGUGAAUUGAUGUUGGGAGAUAAAGGGAAAAAGAUGAAGAAAAAAGUCAUGGAGAUGAAAAAGAAGGCAGAGGAGAACACUAGUCCAGGUGGCUGUUCUUACAUGAACUUCGACAGAGUUAUCAAAGAAGUUUUGCUUAAACAAUACUAA